GAACCAAUGGAUGGAGAGAACCACACCAUGGUGUCUGAAUUUGUGUUUCUGGGACUCACCCACUCAUGGGAGGUUCAGCUCCUCCUCCUUGUGUUAUCCUCUGUGCUCUAUGUUUUAAGCAUGGCUGGGAACAGCCUCAUUGUGUUCUCUGUGACCUGUGACCUUCACUUACACUCUCCCAUGUACUUCCUACUGGCAGGCUUGUCCUUCAUUGACUUGGUAGCCUGUUCUGUUACUUCCCCCAAGAUGGUUUAUGACUUGUUUAGAAAGCGCAAAGUCAUCUCCUUUGGAGGCUGUAUCACUCAGAUCUUCUUUAUUCAUGUCGUUGGGGGUGUGGAGAUGGUGCUGCUCAUGGCUAUGGCAUUUGACAGAUAUGUGGCCAUAUGUAAGCCUCUGCACUACUUGACCAUCAUGAGCCCACGGAUGUGUAUUUUGUUUCUAGCUGGUGCUUGGGGCCUGGGCAUUAGCCACUCAUUGUUCCAGCUGGCUUUUAUUAUUAACUUACCCUUCUGUGGCCCAAAUAUGCUGGACAGCUUUUACUGUGACCUCCCUCGGCUUCUCAGAUUGGCCUGUACAGACACCUACAAGCUGCAGUUCAUGGUCACUAUCAACAGUGGGUUCAUCUGUGUUGGUUCUUUCUUAUUGCUUCUCAUCUCUUACAUAUUCAUCUUUUUCAGUGUCUGGAAACACUCUUCAGGUGGUUCAUCCAAAGCUGUCUCCACUCUCUCAGCUCACAUCACUGUGGUGCUCUUUUUCUUUGGUCCUACACUGUUUAUUUAUACAUGGCCUCACCCUCACUCCCAAAUAGACAAAUUUCUUGCUCUUUUUGAUGCAGUACUUACUCCUUUUCUAAAUCCAGUUGUCUACACAUUCAGGAAUAAAGAGAUGAAGGAAGCAAUAAAGAAAGUUUUCAAAACAUUAUUAACUUUCAAAUUUUUUCAUAAAUAG